AUGGCAAGACUAAAUGAGGAUGACGACUACGAUGCCGGCAAAACGUCUGACAAUUUACCAGGUCCACGGUCUGACGUUGGGACUUGGGACAAAGUGCGUAUUCUAAUCCAGAGUGAACUGCAGUUUGAAUUUCACCUCAACUGGUAUAAUCAGCACUUGCAAUGGGUAGUAUUUCAGAAUCUAGCCAUCUUUCAACAUCAGCAGCAGCAAUUACUCUUCUCUCUACAGCAAGAGCUUCCCUUAACUGCACAGACGUCUACUUUACUGGCUCGUCCACUUCACUCGUUCACGCUACCCAAUCAUGUCUGUCUAUCCUCUGCUGAAACCACUACUACUACUACAACUGCCUCUCCAAUUGCCCCCACCACAUCAUCCGUGCCUUCCGUCAGUACCUUUCCAUCAUGCAUAGGGACUGAUACUCAUGCGCUUUCAUCUGCCACUUUGGACCCCCUGCUCCGGGUCCCAGCUACUGGUCCUGUUCGCAGGCAACCGGUGCGGCAGCAGCAACAGGCUCAACCGCGUCGUUUGGUCGAGGCGGACCAGAGCUCAGACAUCGAUUUGCAGGGCGCUCCAGACGACUGUCAUCUAUCUUCUAGUCAUACAAGAGGCGGAUCACCAAAACCCGAGGGGGGUUCGGAAGCCGAUCAGACAAAUGAGACGCAGCCAGAGAAAGAUGAUAGUGCAGCUGGAAUCACUUUGGUGCGCCACAAACGCCGACGGAGACGAAAUCGUCCACGGAGUAUGAUUGCUCCAAAUCAGGUUGGCAGGCGAAUUAGGGGGUACAAAUUGUAUGAAAUACGUAUAAAAACCUCAAAACGAUACUCUACUCUUGCCUAUGCAGUCAUGUAUGAGUUAGCAGAGUUAGAUCAGUUGGUGUUGGCAUACCUUUCGUUAAGUUUGAAGAGAAUUGAAGGAAUUUGUAAGUUGGGCUCGCUAAAAGCCGGUUGA